UCUUUGUCUGUGUUAAACUCUUGUCUUUCUCUCUCUCCUCAAGAUAAGGCAGAGAAGAGAAGGAAAGAGAGAAGGAGAAGGAGAAGGAGAUGGAGGGUGCAAACACGGUGGUGGAGCAAUCCGUACCAACGCCGUCCAAGUUUCCGUUGAGCUUUUGGGAAACCACGGUGGCUUCAACGGUGGCUUUGAUUUUCGCUGUGGGUCUAGCCGGCGUGUACCUCACCAUGCCCGAUUCCGAUUAUAGCUUUCUGAAGCUACCCCGCACCCUCCAAGACCUUAAACUCCUCCGAGAUAACCUUGAGAGCUAUACAAGUGACUACACUGCACAAGUCUUGGUGGGAUACUGCGUGGUAUAUAUUUUCAUGCAGACUUUCAUGAUUCCAGGGACUGUUUUCAUGUCAUUGCUUGCUGGAGCACUCUUUGGAGUCUUUAAAGGAAUGGCACUGGUUGUGUUCACUGCUACUGCAGGAGCUUCUUCAUGCUACUUCCUGUCUAAACUGAUUGGACGUCCAAUUCUCUCCUCCCUCUGGCCUGAAAAGUUGAAAUUCUUCCAAACCCAGGUGGCUAGAAGAAGAAAGAGUUUGUUGAACUACAUGCUUUUUCUGAGAUUGACUCCAACCCUGCCCAACACAUUUAUUAAUUUUGCUUCGCCAAUUGUGGAUGUGCCUUAUCAUAUCUUCUUCUUGGCAACUGUUAUUGGACUCAUACCCGCAGCUUAUGUCACUGUCAAGGCUGGGUUAGCUCUUGGAGAGUUAAAAUCCAUGGGGGAUCUCUACGAUUUCAACUCAGUUGCUACCUUGUUCCUCAUUGGUGUUGUGUCAGUUACACCCACAUUAAUGAACAAGAACGAAUCAUAGCAUUUUAUAGGCCAAGAAUCAUUGCUGUAUGAUGGCCUUGUUCUCCUGACAGCUAAUAUCAGUUCAGUAUUUGUACAGAUCUCCAAAAGAAAAGGAAAAAAAAAGCAAUUUCAUUGUGAUUCUCUGCAAAUAGAUUAUUCCAAAUGCUGCAGUAGUUCAAGACAAGCAUAUGAUUGGUUGGAUCUAUGCUAGUGGCAAGAAACGAAGAUUGGCUGAAUUAGUUAUGUACAUUAUUCACGAGUUGAUAUGUGUAAAACAUUCACAUAUUGAAUGGUAGUUAUUUUGUCAUGUUUACAUCAACAAAAGAUGUUUUCUUCAUCUUUCCCAUCA